CUUCCGUAGCUCUAUCCUCUCUCUCUCUCUCUCUCUCGCGAGUCACAGAAGAUGAGGUGUGCUUUUCUGAUUGGUGGAUACACGUAUCUUCGUUCCAGCAGGAGUAGACCGGGAAGGGUUUUUCUACUCUGCUUCGAGUGGGUUUCUGCUCCGAUUUGAUUCAAACAACAGAAGCCGAAAUUUCUAGCGAGCGAGCGAGAGAGAGAGAGAGAGAGAGAGAACUGUAGAGUGAGAAUGCAUUCAUCAUCACCUGUAUUGAUCGCGCCCGCUUUGAUAUUCUUGUUAAUUUUCGGCCUCAGUUCACAGGUCGAUGCAUUGUACGGAUCAUCAUCGCCGGUGCUUCAGCUAAACCCCACCAAUUUCAAGUCUAAGGUUUUGAAUUCAAAUGGGGUUGUUCUGGUAGAGUUCUUUGCACCUUGGUGUGGUCACUGUAAAGCUCUGACACCGAUAUGGGAAAAGACGGCUACUGUCUUGAAAGGUGUUGCUACUGUGGCAGCACUUGAUGCUGACGCUCACCAGUCCCUUGCCCAGGAAUACGGGAUUAAGGGAUUUCCUACCAUAAAGGUGUUUGUUCCCGGGAAACCUCCAGUAGAUUACCAAGGAGCUAGGGAUGUCAAACCCAUUGCAGAAUUCGCCUUGCAACAGGUAAAGACACUUCUGAAAGAUCGGUUACACGGAAAAGAUACAGGAGGAUCAAGUGAGAAAUCUGAAUCUACUGCAUCAGUGGAACUGACUUCGCAUAAUUUUGAUGAGCUAGUGGUUAAAAGUAAAGAACUUUGGGUUGUGGAGUUCUUUGCACCUUGGUGCGGACACUGUAAGAAGCUUGCUCCAGAAUGGAAGAAAGCUUCGAAUAACUUGAAAGGCAAGGUCAAGCUGGGUCAUGUGGACUGUGAUGCAGAGAAGUCUCUGAUGAGCAGGUUCAAUGUACAAGGAUUCCCCACUAUUUUCGUAUUCGGUGCAGAUAAAGACAGCCCAUUCCCUUAUGAAGGUGCAAGAACUGCCUCAGCUAUCGAAUCAUUUGCUCUGGAGCAGCUGGAAACAAAUGUUGCACCUCCUGAAGUAACCGAGUUGACUGGCCCAGAUGUCAUGGAAGAGAAGUGUGGUUCAGCUGCCAUUUGUUUUGUUGCUUUCCUCCCUGAUAUUUUGGACUCCAAGGCGGAGGGGAGGAACAAGUAUCUACAGAUGAUGUUAUCCACUGCCGAGAAGUUCAAAAGGAGUCCUUACAGCUAUGUAUGGGCAGCUGCUGGUAAGCAGCCGGAUCUUGAAAAGAAUGUGGGCGUUGGUGGUUAUGGGUACCCAGCUCUGGUAGCCCUUAAUGCGAAGAAAGGAGCAUAUGCCCCACUUCGGAGUGCAUUUGAGCUUGAACAUAUAAUAGAAUUUGUAAAAGAAGCUGGACGUGGGGGAAAGGGUAAUUUACCCCUAGGGAGCACGCCCGUAAUUGUUCAGACUGAACCUUGGGAUGGUAAAGACGGAGAGAUUGUCGAAGAAGAUGAGUUCUCUCUCGAAGAACUAAUGGGAGAAGAAUCUGCAAGCAAGGAUGAGCUCUAACCAGUUCAGAUUAUUAUCACUAAGGAUAAUGAGAACCCUGUCUGGAAAUGAUUUUGAUGUUACGAGCAAUUUGUUAAAUGUCAUGGAUUGUUCUGAGCAAUGGAUUGUUCUCAUUUUGAUGAUUUGUUUAAUCUAAUUAGAGCAUUUUCUUCGGUUCA